GUACAGACGUCUAAACAAUUCUGUUUAAACAUUGACGUGUUAUUAUCAAACAAAUAGUGGAAUUACGCGACGUUUUGAUUUAAAUUGGCAAUAAUCUGUUGUGAUUUACCGUUUGUUAGUAAUAUAUUGUUAUUAAAAGUGAUUUUCGAUUAGGUAGCUAGACCGGGUCGGUGUGCGAGUAUUUGUAUGGUAGGUACGAACAGCAAAAAAAUGUAUAUACCAUGGCGACUUCAAAGCCCGGCACUAGUCACACAAUUGAUCCGCUUUUGUUAGACAAAGAAGGAGAUUUUAAAGGAUAUGGAAAGGAAACAUAUACAUUAUUGAAGUACAUCUUACGAGAACUGGCGGAAGAAAAAGGUAAUGCAACAAAAUGCAAUAAAGAUGAAGACCCUUUACAACGAGCUCAACGGUACACUGGGCUUCAUAUGAAUACUCUUAAAAAAUUAAGUGAUGGUUUGAUAACUGUUGAUGAACUGACAGAGGUUAGCCGGAAAUGUGUUUAUGAUGCGCUAAUGUCAUUCUAUUUAGAUAAAAAUAUAAUGCCCACUGCAACAGAAUUAUUUGAUAGUGUACAAGAUUUUCUUCCACCAUAUGAAGAUAUUAGGAGCUUUAAAAAGAAACUUGUAAAAAUGGGAUAUAUUUUCAAAAAAAGAGAAAAUUGUUUCAUUAUUUACGAGAAACCAUCAAUCAGGUUCGAAAGGUUCCUAUAUUUAAAACAUAUCAUACAAUAUCGGAAAGAUAAAAGACCUAUAUAUUAUAUAUCUGAAGUGAGUUUGUCAUAUAAAAAAGUCUGGAAUAUCGAUGAAAGUGUCUCAGAUAAACACAAAACGCAGAUACAUUUAUUAUUUGCUGUAUCUUCUCAUAAAGGGGUACAGUUUUUAAAAAGAGUCAAUAAAUUGGACACAGAGAUUUUUAAUUCCUGGUUAUUAAAUGACGUCAUGCCCAAUCUAGAAACAAAUAGUGUUGUUAUUUUAGAUAACACAGAACUUCACUGUGAUACCUAUUGUGAGACUCCAAAUAAAAACAGUCCUAAUCAUGUAUUGAUUGAAUGGCUUGCAUUUCACGAAAUACCCUUCAUUAAAACGAUGAGUAUCGUUGAGCUUAACGCUUUGGUGAAUAAAUACACAGAUAGAAAUGUAAGGUUAUACAAGCCAGAUAUUUGGUUGAAACAGAACGGCCACGACGUAUUGAGAUUGCCUGAUUGUUUAAACGAAAUGACCCCGGCGGCACACACCCGUCAUGUGAUUAAUAAAAAAAUAAAACUCAAAGAUGACCUAGAUCUAAAAGGAAUUGAGAAUGAUGUAAAUGAAAGUGAAUUAACAUCUUACAGCUCGAUGCUGUUUGCAGAAGAAGAGAGGCUCUUUGGUUUAGAAAUGAAAUUAGAUGUUGUUUUUGACAAUUUGAUGCCAUCAAUUUACUGUGAAAACGAUCUAUAUUUACCAUCCAUAAGUGAUUCAGAUUCAUAAAAUCUUAUUAUUUUGUAUUACAGUACAGUGUUUCCUUUCUUAUUAUUUUUUGGUAAAUUGAUAGAUUUAAGGUUUUAAAAUAGAUCCAUCUUAAAGAUACAAUAAAGAUUUUUGUUCAGGUGUUAUA